ACACAAUUGAAAAAUUGUAGGAUUCGGUGAAGUCAAAUCUUAUCUAUAUGAAGCAAAAUGACGAAAAGAAAACUAUGAGUUCCUGCCUGGUAUAUGCGCCAUGGUUUACCUCAGACAGCUGGCCGGCCGGCGAUCUUCACUAGGUGGAGGUGGACGGCGGUAUGAUACUCAAUCUCUCUACGUCUCAGCGUCUAUGUGUGUAUUUGUGUAUAUUGUAUAAUAUACUAAUAUACAUACAUCAAAAUCAACGCAACUUCUUAAUCUAACACAAAGGAGCCGAAUUUUUGUCUUCGAUUCUAUCGGAAACCAACAAAACCUUCAAUCGAAAACGAUAAACCCAAUGGUACGAACAAUAUUUCCUUCUCAUAUUUGUACGAUCUUCAACGAUCAACUUCCAUAACUACCUAAUUUUUCGAGGGAAGAAAGUAUGGGGGAGAUCGAUACAGAUCAUAUCAAAUCCGUUCGAGCAUCGCUUUCGCAUUUUGGGGAGAAAUGCGGUCAGAUCAGGAGUCGGUCUAGUAGCGACGAUGAAUCAGAGAAGGUGAAAGAUCUUGAAGUUGUCCUACAAGAUUUGGCUAAUUGCAAAGUUCAACUAGAAGCCAUGGAUUCUGCCCAUAAGCAAGCCCUUCUUAACAAAGAUCACCACGAAAAAACCGUUGACGAGCUCUCAAUGCUAUUGAAUACCUCGGAAUUCGAAAAAGAUAUAUACAUCAACGAAUGCAAGGAAGCAAAAAUUCGUGUAUCAGAACUCCAUUCCAAGAUCCAAAUUAUGGCCGAUGAGUUGAGCGACUUAAAAUCAACACGAGAUCAGCUUCUUACAGUCGAGAAACAACUCGUGGCUGCCACCGAUGAUAAACUCGAGGCCAUCAAACACACAAAUGCGCUCAAUGACACCAUUCUCAGUUUACAAGUUUCGUCCAUGGAGGCAGAGAGCGCGAAGAUAGAGGCUGAAAAACAUAUCGAGUUAUUAGAGAGCGAGUUGACUCAGUUGAAGCUGGAAAUCAGAGGUGAGUUAGACACGGUUAAAACCGAUUUGGAAGAGAUGUGUAACAAAGAGAACGAAGCACAAGUCGAAAUAGCCUUGUUGAAGGCCGAGCUUCAUAAAGGGAGAUCCAAAACCGCAGCUGCGGAGGCUUCCGAGUUACGAGCUAAAGGCGAAAAAUCCGCUGCUUAUUUUACUCUUCAGGAAAUGGCGAUUGAGAACCAAGAACUGAAGAAAGAAAACGAAAGUUUACAAUCGGAACUUCCAAAUUCUGACCAUGAGAUCACGAUUUCGUUGGAAGAAUACGAGAUGUUGGUGAAGAAAGCGGAGGAAGCUAAAUUUGAACCGGAAAUGGAGAAUUUGAAGAAAGAUUUGGAGAGUGCGAUGGCGAGAGUGAGCGAGUUUAGGACAAGAGCCGAACAGGCGGCAACGAGGGCGGAGGUGGCGGAGGAGGCAAAAGCGGCGGUGGAAGAGCAAAUAAAGAGAUUGAAAGAACAGAAGCAAAGGCGGAGGGCGGCUAUGGCAGCACUCCGUGCGGAAUCAAUGUCGAAAUCGAGUCGUAGUUUCGAGUAUCAUGAUGAUAUUGAUAACCCUAAAACAUACAUGCCAUUAGGUACGUUUCUCAAAAUGAAAUUCUAGUUCAGGACUAACUUAAAUUGAAACAUAUCUUGAAUUUUAUGUAAUGAAUUACAUUAUAUUUAACCAAAAUAAACGAUAAUAUUUACCAGGC